AUGAAGAGCAUGCAGGGUCUUUUGCACAAGACCAGCCUUCAAACUGCUCAUGAACAGCAACAACGCUUCUUUGCUCCGCAAUCUGUCGCUGGCCAAAAACGGCCGUGGUCCAGUAACGAUGGCUUUGUUACGUCUCAUCAACAUGCUACUACUGCCACGAAUUCCCCGUCGCAUUCCAUUGUUCACUUCCAGAAAGCCAUUAGUCUUCCGUCAGCUCCCAAACGACUGUCCGCGAUGCUUAUGCUGAAGCGAGUCAUUGAGGAAGCUGGUACUAAAGCGCUUCUUGUUCUUCCAUACGUUGCACUUGUACAAGAAAAAGUAGGCUGGCUGCGCAAGGUGGUUCAACACGUCAAGAUUCUCGAUGAUUCCAUGCCCCAAGGUGCCGAAAAUGGUCCCUGGCGUCGGCGAGCAGAUUACGGUACAAUUCGAGUAGUUGGCUUUUUUGGAGGUGGAAAAGUCCGAGCAACCUGGGACGAUUUUGACAUUGGUGUUUGCACAUUGGAGAAGGCAAAUGCCCUGGUCAACACCGCUAUUGCUGAUGGCUCAAUAUCGAAGCUUCGGUCUGUAGUAUUGGAUGAACUUCACAUAAUUGAUGACGAUCAUCGGGGCUAUAUCCUCGAACUUAUUGCUGCCAAGCUGGUCUGUCUUGGCCAGCAAGUUCAACUUAUUGGAAUGAGCGCAACACUUCCGAACUUGAAUUUGCUCGCCGCGUGGCUACACGGGCACACUUAUGAGACACGAUAUAGGCCGGUACCAAUAGAGGAACAUUUGGUGUACGACGGCAAGGUCUUUCGAGCAGGUCCCAAUGACGGACUAGGGCAUACCCCUUCACAAUUGAGUAGCCAGGAUGUGUCGGCAGGGAAGACAGCACCUGUCCGGCGAAUAGAGAACUCUAUGCACAAAGAAUUCACAGACUCGGUGUUAAAUGCAGUAGUGUCUCUCGCUCAUGAAACUGCUUGCAUGGGUUAUGGAGUGCUGGUUUUUGCUGGUAGCCGCGGAGUGUGCGAGUCUGAUGCUCGCUGGAUCAGCCGGGUCAUGCCCCAGUUGCACGAGCUUGCAGCAGACGUCCUUAAAAAGCGUCUGGAUCUUUUGGGGGAUCUGCGUAGUUUGAGUACAGGGGCAGACCCAGUUCUCGAAGAAACCGUUCUUUAUGGGGUAGCCUUUCAUCGUAAGUCUGGUUCGCCCUGUCACUUGCUUUUCCACGCCGGUCUAACUAGCGAGGAGAGAGAUCUCAUUGCUGCGGCUUACGAUGCUGGGACCAUUCUGGUAUGCAUAGCAACUUGCAGCCUGGCUGCUGGUAUUAAUCUACCCGCUCGUAGGGUAAUUUUGCACAAUGUUAAAAUGGGCGGGGAGUACAUCGGUCCUGCCAUGCUGAGACAGAUGCGAGGUAGAGCUGGCAGACAAGGGAAAACGCAGCUCGGAGAAACAUAUCUGUGUUGUCGGCAACCAGACUUGGAGCACGUUCUAGAGCUCAUGCAUGCAGACAUACCAAAAGUUUCAAGCUGUCUUAGUACAGAGAAUCGGCGUAUUCAGCGAGCAUUAUUGGAGGUGAUUUCCAUUCGUCUGGCUACCAGCCGCGAAUCUAUAUCUGACUACUUUUCCAAUUCCCUGCUGCAAUGGUCGCAGUCACCAGAUUUUGUCCACAAAGGCAUAGAACUAAGUCUCGAGGAGCUUCAAAGUAUGGGCCUCAUCAUGCCCGAUUCCUCCACAGGUUACGCUCCCACACAACUAGGAAAGGCUAUCGUUGCAUCGGCCAUUGAUCCAGACGAUGGUGUCUUUGUUCACAAAGAGCUUGUCAAAGCGCUACGAGCAUUUGUCAUGGACGGUGAGAUGCACAUACUCUAUGUAUUCACUCCAGUUCACAGCUUUGGCACAACUGUCAAUUGGCAAGUCUUCCGUAAUGAAAUGGAGUAUCUGGAUGAAAGCGGCAUGCGAGUACUUCAAUUCCUUGGAAUCAAGCCCACUUCUAUUAUCCGUCUUGCUCAAGGCGCCAUCCUGAAGGAGACGACGGUUGAAGAAAAGCGAAUGGCCCGUGUCUACCGCCGUUUCUACCUGGCUAUGCAACUACGUGAUCUUUGCAACGAAGUUCCUAUUCAUGCUGUCGCUCGCAAAUACGACAUGCCCAGGGGUUCAGUGCAAACACUAUCGCAGACAUGUCAGGGAUUUGCAGCGGGCAUGGUCAAGUUCUGCGAACACAUGGGUUGGGGCCCAAUGGCUGCAGCGCUAGACCACUUCUCAGACCGUUUAAUGGCAGGCGCGAGGUCUGAGCUCCUAGCACUCUCAAAGGUGCCCUUUAUCAAGAGUCGCACAGCGAGAGUUUUCUUUGAAAAUGGAUAUCGAAGUGUGGCAGCUCUAGCCAACGCCAAUCCGAAAGACUUGGUCCCCAUACUUAUGCAGGCACAACCGAAUAAGUUGCGGAUUAAGAGCCAGAAUGAUGAAUUGAUGGAAGAGAAAAUGCUUGCUAAGGCGAAUGUGAUUUCGUCGGCGGCAAAUAGACUUUGGAAUAUACAAAUGCAGGCUGAGAUGGAAGAGGAAUAG